CAAAAAGUGUCUGUUCUGGGGUCUUCUCCAUGUCGCCGCCCUGAUGCUCUCCUGCCAGCUUGCGCUGACCCAGAAAGGACGGAAGAAAGUCGUGCACGUCUCUGAGGACGACAGCGGUGCUGUCGUGGUCCAGACCGCACCAGGGAAGGUGGUCACCCACCGGGGCGGCACCAUCAUCCUGCCGUGCCGCUUCCACUACGACGCGUCGGCCCACGACCCUGACGAGAUCCGCUUGAAGUGGACGAAGAUGGCGGAGCCCCUGGCGUUCGAGGACGUCUUCGUGGCCAUGGGUACGGAGCGCAGGGCGUUCGGGAGCUACCGGGGCCGGACAGCACUGCAGGAGGAUGGCGCUGGGGAUGCUUCGCUCGUCAUCCGCAAUGUCACCCUGCAGGACUACGGGCGGUACGAGUGCGAGGUGACCAACGAACUGGAGGAUGAUGCUGGAAUGGUGAAGCUGGACUUGGAAGGAGUCAUCUUUCCUUACCACCCCCGCCUGGGGCGUUACACCCUGAAUUUCCACGAGGCGCAGAAGGCGUGCCUGGAACAGGACGGAAUCCUGGCUUCCUACGACCAGCUGCACGAGGCCUGGCUGGAAGGGAUGGAUUGGUGCAACGCUGGUUGGCUGGAGGAUGGCUCCGUGCAGUACCCCAUCUCGAAGCCCCGGGACGAGUGCGGCCGGAAAGAUAACCCCGUUGGGGUUCGGAACUAUGGGUACCGGCACAAAAAUGAUGAGCACUACGACGCCUUCUGCUUCACCUCAAACCUGAAUGGGAAAGUCUACUUUCUUAAGACCUACCGCAAGCUGAGCUUCUCUGAAGCUGCCCAGGCCUGUAAGAAGAACGGAGCCACGGUAGCCCGGGUUGGCCAGCUCUACGCUGCCUGGAAGAUUCAGUUGCUGGACAAAUGCGAGGCUGGGUGGGUGGGUGACGGAAGCAUUCGUUACCCCAUCGUCAACCCGCGGGCUCGUUGUGGCGGCCGUGAGCCUGGCGUUCGCAACCUCGGGUUCCCAGAUAAGAAAUACAAGCUCUUCGGCGUCUAUUGCUUCAAAGCAGCUGACAGCGGCGGGGCCAAGAAAAAGGGAAAAGAGCAGACAGGGAAGUGGAAACCUUUCCAGGUGUAACAAGAGUCGGGUAGCGAAUUCGAAUUCCUCCAUUUCCCCCCCCCCCCGCUCUUUCCCAGCCUCGAAGGACUGGUGGGGUUUUUCUCGGCGUCCCCUUUGGGGGAACUGUUGUCCAUCCUUUUCCCGGAAGAGGCGGGUUGCAUUGUCCGAAAACGGAAGAGAAGGACCACGCCGGAUUCGACUGACUUGCCCGGAUCUUCCGGAACGCCCGGAUGUCUGGUUUGCUUCCAGCUUGAGCUGAGCCGUGCCUACUAUUAAUCCCAUUUUUGCUAGCCUAAUUCUUCCGAAGGUCUUGGCUUGGCUUUUUUUGCAAUUUGCCUGUGAUAUAUCAACGCUUCCGAUAAAGCUUUGGAGACUUCCUCACCUUGGCGAAAGGAAGGAGAGACGCUCAGCUUUCCCGUUGAGGUUCUAACAGAAAGAGAGAGAUGUUUUUGGCUGUAAAGAUGACAAAUGGGGGGUCCUGUGCCUCUGCUUUUUGCAUGAUCUGUGGGUGGGGGACUACAGAACAGAAAUCCUUAAAGCGAUCCGAACAAGCAGCCAAAUGUGGAACACUGCUGCGCUAUCCUGUCCCCGAUUUUCUCAGACAUCGUUUUCUACCGACAGCAAAAUCCUCUCCUCCACAUUCCCUUCCCUCUGUGCCAAACUGAAAACACAACCCACGCGUCCAUUUGUGUGCGGUGUGCCGCAGCAGAUUGUAUGCUCCUUGGGGCAGACACCUGUCCUGUAUUUAUUUGUUUUUUCUUGUUAAUGUUGUG